AGAUAUAUAGAGAGAGAGAGAAGCCGACGACGAAUACGAGAGAGCGACGAGGCAUCGCAGUACAUUUCCCGUUGCAUCGCACGUGCGAGAAGAGAGCCCAAGGAAUAGGAGUGUAGCUGUUAUAAAAGCCGCCGCCGGGCCUUACAACGCACGCAGUGAAUAUAAGUGUACGUGUGCGCGAGCACGAGCCGAAAAAUCGGAGAAAGUACGUACGAAGAAGAAGGUUUAUAUAUAGCCGUGUGCGCGGUCGGAUUUUUUUGAAUUUUCGAAGGCAGAGCGGCGAAGAAGGCGCUGCUGCGAAGGAAGAAAGUUUUAAUACACGAGCGUCUCAUCAUUGCCGGAGUGCUCGCGGUGCAGUGAACGUACAGUGAUUUUUUUCCCCGCUACUACCAAUACUCGAUUUACGAUUUUUUUUUCGUACUCGAGAGUCCGAGAGAGAGAGAAAGAGAGAGCGUAGGACACAUACGUACGUACACCAAGCCGCAGAAAGGGCGGCACACGCAGAGCCGAGAGCAAGAGAGCAACAGAGACGGAAGAAAGAGAGGCUGUGUGCGCUACAACCACACCCCUUUCACCGACGACGAGCAUAUAUACAGCAGCGCGUAGUCGCUUCGCUGCGUUGUUUAUACAUAUAUAGAACUGUAUACGCACAUUGGAUAAGUGCGUGUGUGUGCGUGUGAUAUCGUUGGAAGAAGAAGAGAAAAAAGGAAAUUUAUUUUUGAAUUUUUACGCGCGCCCUAUCGAGUGUGUGUGUGCGUGAAAAGAAUCAAAGAGAGCUACUUUAAUUUAAACGAAAAACAAAAAAACAAACCAGAGAGCAAUAAUGGGCGGAUGCACAUCCAAGGAUGCCGCUUCGAGCGACGACAGCAAAAAAGGCGGUAUGGUUGACCAGGAGACUCUCGACAAAUUGGAGGCAGGCUUCGCCAAGCUCCAGGCCUCCGACAGCAAAUCCCUGCUGAAGAAGUAUCUGACCAAGGAGGUCUUCGACGCCUGCAAGACCAAGAAGACGUCCUUCGGCUCGACCCUCCUCGACGUCAUCCAGUCCGGCGUUGAGAAUCUCGACUCCGGCGUAGGCAUCUACGCGCCCGACGCCGAGUCCUACACCACCUUCGCCGAGCUCUUCGACCCGAUCAUCGAGGAUUACCACGGUGGCUUCAAGAAGACCGACAAACACCCGCCCAAGGACUUUGGCGAUGUCGACACUCUUGGCAAUCUCGACCCGACCGGCGAGUACAUCGUGUCCACCCGCGUCAGAUGCGGUCGCUCCAUGGAGGGCUACCCCUUCAAUCCCUGCCUCACCGAGGCCCAAUACAAAGAGAUGGAGGAGAAGGUCUCGGGCACUCUGUCCGGCCUCGAGGGCGAGCUCAAGGGCACCUUCUACCCGCUCACCGGCAUGAGCAAGGAGACCCAGCAGCAGCUCAUCGACGAUCACUUCCUGUUCAAGGAGGGCGAUCGCUUCCUCCAGGCCGCCAACGCGUGCCGCUUCUGGCCCACCGGCCGCGGCAUCUAUCACAACGACGCCAAGUCCUUCCUGGUCUGGUGCAACGAGGAGGACCAUCUGCGCAUCAUCUCCAUGCAGAUGGGCGGCGACCUCGGCCAGGUCUAUCGUCGCCUCGUCACCGCCGUCAACGACAUCGAGAAGAGGAUCCCGUUCUCGCACAACGACCGUCUCGGCUUCCUCACCUUCUGCCCGACGAAUCUCGGCACCACGGUGCGCGCCUCCGUGCACAUCAAGGUCCCCAAGCUGGCCGCCAACAAGGCCAAGCUCGAGGAGGUCGCCAGCAAGUUCAAUCUGCAGGUGCGCGGCACCCGGGGCGAGCACACCGAGGCCGAGGGCGGCAUCUACGACAUCUCCAACAAGAGGCGUCUCGGCUUGACCGAGUACCAGGCCGUCAAGGAGAUGCACGACGGCAUCGCCGAGCUCAUCAAGAUCGAGAAGGAGCUGUAAAGCGUCGACGACAACGAUGGUUGGUGGUGUCCCGCUCCCCGCCCCUCCUCCGAUUUUCGUUUGACCAUUCGAUUAAAAAAUAAUUGUUGUCACAACACGAAACUCUGAAAGAGAGAGAUAUAGAAAUAAAUCACAAAUUUUUUUUUCUUUAUAAAAUUCAGAUUUCUACUUUGCGAGAAUUUCACUCUCCACUCUCUCUCUCUUUACUCUAGCUCUCCCGUAAAAAUCCUCCUUCCUCGAUUGUCCUAAUUUUUUUCUCCGAUCUACGAAUGGUGUGCACAUUGUACCAAUGUCGAGAGACAGCAGAUGAAAAAAAGAGCAAGCCAACGAAAUAAAAAUGUAACCACCCACUCCAGCAACAAUGAAAAAAAAUCCCACCAUAAUAUGCAUGAAAAACGAAUCGAAGAGAAUACGCAAUAAAGAUCACUUCAGCAAAAGAGAUAAAUUUUCAAGAAAUUUUAAAUAACGUAAAAAUUAACGACGCAUUAUGAUAUAGUAAAAGUAUAUAUAUUCUAUAAACGAUAUUACGUGUAAAACCAUUGAUUAAUGCAAUUUUGCUGGCGUACGUGUAAUAAUGCAACAUAUUAUAGAUUUCUUCGUUCUUCUUUUUUUUUUCUUUCUUUUUUUGCGUUGCGCAUCACUUGUUGCGUGCUCAGUUGAAUGCGAGUUAUACGAUUGUUGAUUGUUAUGUAUAUGUAAUUACUGUAAUACUCAAUAUUAAACCACUCGAUUUUAUGUAACGUAAACGGUAACAAAAAGCUUUAUUUUUUAUUUUCGGUUGCGAAUUUUUCAUGAUAAUCGGCUUCGCCUAAGCGUGUGUCCGCGUUGUCUGUUCUAUUCCCGCCUUUGUAUGAGCGCAUUGCGACGAAGAAGGAAAAAAAAUGUUUCAUUAGUUCCUUGAUUACACUAAGAAAAGUAUGUAUUAUUAUUAACAGUCCGGGAAAAUGUGGAUAUUAGGCUAUAGUUGAAAAAAAAAUGAUCGUGUAAGAUUAACCAAAGGAGAAAAAAAAAUAACACAGGACACACAUCACUCGAGCAGCUUGUACUAUACGAUCUAUUGUAUGUCGUGACUUUCAGUAUUUUACAUUGUGUUAAUUAUCAUUUUCCGUCUUCUGUAUUUCGACUUUCGAUUUUAUUCAUUUUUAAUUAUUUGGAACUUCGAGAGAAAAGCGUUAUAUAUGAGAAAUACACAUUCGUAGAGUCAAAAACCGAAUCUAUAUAGAUUUUUCUAGCUGAUUAAAAAACAACAAGUUGAAAAACGUAGUAGAGGGGUUUUUGAAAACUCACAAGUAAACUUACCUAAAACCUUUGCUUUUCUUAAAAGUAGUUAUAACUACAUUUUGUAUGCUUGUUUUAUGUUUCGAAUUUUAUUUCACUUUUAUGAUGUAAAACUCGUUUUUAAUUAUUUAAAGAGUAAAAAGUAAAAAACAAAAAAGUAAAAUUAGUAGCGCAGCGUUGAAUUGACAUCUAGUGGCAUCUCUCGCUGAAAAUGCGCGUAUAGUAUAUAAAACACGUGCUGUUCGACGUUUUAUUGUGAUUGUUUCGUUGCGUGCGAAACACUUUAAAGUAAACAAAACAAAAAGUGUAAUUGAUUAUAUGAAAGAAUAAAAAAAAAAAUUAAGUAAAUAAACACAAUUAAUGAUAAAAACCAAAAUAAAAGCAUUGUAUUUUAGAUUAAUGAGUAAAUUAACAAAAAUAAAAAAAAUUAUAAAUGCACUCCUUUAACAAAAGACGUAGAUGAAAGAAGAAAAAAUGAAAUUAAAUUUUCCUUACCGGUCGAUUGGAAUUGAUUUCAAUAAUGGAAUUGAAAUUCAGCCCGAGCAUUACAUUACGUGCCAGAGAGUGAGUCGGUGAAUGAACGUGUGUGAGAUUGUGAACGAAACGAACAAACGAUUAAAAAUAAUUUAAAAAAAAAAGGGUACUCCGCCCACUACCAAUGAUGACUGUCUUGAAUUGCACGUUACAUUGAAAUUGAAAAAAAAAA